AUUCUUUAUAGUGCCACUUUUCCAUAUUUGUUUUAUAUAUUAACACAAAAAAUAAUGCUUCUGGGCCUGGAAGUUCCCUUGUGGCGUAGUGGGUUAAGGAUCUGGCCUUGCUACAGCUGAGACACAAGCUGCAAGUGUGGCUUGGGUUUGAUCCCUCACCCAGGAGCUCCCACAUGGCACAGAUGCAGCCAAAAAACAAAAAACACCCAACAACUUCUAAUCUCACGUAUAACGUAUGCCAAAUUAAAUAUAUUUGGGAUUAUGCUUUACAUGUAAAGCCUCAGUAAUCGAAUUACUGACCUCCUCGCCUAUCUUGCAUGCACAGGCAAAGAAAAUUUUGCAAUAUUUAAGGAAUUUUAGGGAGUGUAUACACAAGCAGAAUGUUAAAUAUUUUUUCAGUAGAAACAUUUGUUCAUUUUCUUUUGUCCAUAUUUACCAAGUGAAGUCCAAGUGCAUGGAGCAAAUAAACUGAAGGUAUAAAAAGCCAUGGCAUAUGGAAGUUCCCAGGCUAGCAGCUGAAUCACAGCCACAGCUGCUGGCCUGCACCACAGCCACAGCAAAGCAGGAGCCAAGCCACAUCUUUGACCUACAUGACAGCUCACCACAAUGCUGGAUCCUUAACCCACUGAGCAAGGCCAGAGAAUGAACUCAAGUCCUCCAAGGCACUAAUCAGGUUCGUUAUCACUGAGCCAUGCUGGGGACUCCGGUAAAGUAAUUUCGCUCAUGUUUUAAUUUCUGCUGGAACCCAAAUAUUUUGUGAAGUAAUAUGUCUCACAAUCAACAUUAGGAUUUGCUGCAUAAAAGAAAAUAUAUGUUCCCACAGUUGAUUUCAACUAUGAUUUAUCAGUAAUAGCAACUUGAAGAAAUGUUUAUCUAGAGGUAUGUAAUUUGCAGUGUCAUUCCACAUUACAUUUUUUUUUUAGUCAGCAGUAAAGUAGGUGAUACAGAGAAAAAUGAAAGAAAUGUUUGAAAAUCAGACUUCCAAAUGGAACUGAGACAAGAAUGCUAUUCAAAUAUUUUGUUACUUUGAAAAUAUCAACAAAAGCCAAUAUUAUAUACUGUAAAUAGGAAUAUAAGCUUGUUUUAUAAGUCACAUAAAGCUAGCAUACAAAAUCCCAGUAGAGAAAAACUCAAUAUUUUUGUAAAUAUUUAAAUAUGGAAAGAAAUGAAAAAUCUAAAACUUCUGAAGUCAGGGACUAUGCAGAUCUGAAACAGACUAAACUAAUCAAAAUUAUUUUAAUAAAGAUUGGUUAUCAUAACUUGAGAAGUAUUGAUUUUGCAAUAUUUAAUUAAAGUUUUAUGAAUAUUUUAUUAAACAGUUAAUGAUCUAUUUUAUUAAAGAUAAGUAAGAUAAUACAUAGAUGUCAUUGAAACUGGGACAUAUUUAACCAAUGUAAGAUAAAUGAAGCAAAAAAGUAGGAUACUCCCCUUUCAUCCACAUGAUGGCGCUGGAAACCACAAGUUGUUUGUUUUUUUUAAAAACAACAAAGGAAUACAGGGAGUUUAUGUUCCUUAGAAAGGAAAAAAGCCACUCCAUUUUCUCACUCUGCUGCUGAAGCUCAAAAGGUGAGCAAAUAGAAAUUUAUACUAUAUUGGGGAUUCAGUUUCCAAAAGAUAUGUGGUAGUGCAAUAGACGUUUGAAAAUUGCAAAGAAUUUGCGAUGGUAUAUUCCCAGAGAAGUAGGAGAUCCUGGAGCCUGCCGCUCUCGCUUCUGCUCCUCGCAGCCUGGGAGGCCGGGAGCGGCCAGAUUCACUACUCGGUCCCCGAGGAGGCCAAACACGGCACCUUCGUGGGCCGCAUCGCCAGGACCUGGGGCUGGAGCUGGCGGAGCUGGUGCCGCGCCUGUUCCGGAUGGCGUCCAAAGGCGGCGGGGACCUUCUGGAGGUAAAUCUGCAGAAUGGCAUUUUGUUUGUGAAUUCUCGGAUCGACCGGGAGGAGCUGUGCGGGCGGAGCCUGGAGUGCAGCAUCCACCUGGAGGUGAUCGUGGAGCGGCCGCUGCAGGUAUUCCACGUGGAGGUGGAGGUGAAGGAUAUUAACGACAACCCGCCCAGGUUCUUGCGACAGGAACAAACACUCUUCAUUUUAGAGUCAAGAGUAGCGGAUUCCCGGUUUCCGCUAGAGGGCGCAUCUGAUAUGGAUAUCGGAAGAAACGCAGACUUGAGAUACAAGUUACAAGCUAAUGAAUAUUUUGACGUGGAUGUUAAAACAAAUGACGAGGAAACCCACUUUUUAGAGCUAGUUUUGAAGAAGCCAGUAGAUAGGGAAGAAACGCAAGAACAUCGUUUAUUGCUGAUUGCAAUUGAUGGAGGAAAACCUGAACUAACAGGUACAGUCCAGUUAUUGAUCAAUGUGUUGGAUGCGAACGAUAAUGCCCCAGAAUUUGAUAAAUCAAUUUAUAAUGUCAGAUUACUGGAAAAUGCACCGAAUGGGACAUUAGUUAUUAAACUGAAUGCCUCAGAUGCGGAUGAGGGCAUUAAUAAGGAAAUAGUGUACCUCUUUAGUAAUCUCGUUCUUGACAAUGUAAAAUCUAAAUUCGCAAUCCAUGCUAAUAGUGGAGAAUAACAGUUAAGGGAAAACUGGAUUACGAAGACUGUAAUUUAUAUGAAAUUAAUAUUGAUGCUGUUGAUAAAAGUCCAUUCCCAUUAACUGGACACUGUAAAGUAAUAGUAAAACUCCUAGACGAGAAUGAUAAUAACC